UAACCACACACAAUUAUAAAUGAGGAAGCAAGAGUUUGAUUUGUAGCGUGAGAUACUAAUAAGACAGUGAAGGGAGUGAGGUUGGUUGUUUUCGAAUCUCCAUGGAAGAGAAAGCAGCAAGAACAAUUGAAGGUCAACCCAUAAGAUGUAAAGCGGCGGUUGGAAGAGAACCAGGGGAGCCAUUAAUCAUUGAAGAGAUUAUUGUGGCGCCUCCAAUGGCACGUGAAGCAAGGAUUAAAGUUAUAUGCUCUUCUCUUUGUUACAGCGAUGUCACUUUUUGGAAGAUGAAGGACCCCCCUGCAAUUUGGCCAAGAAUUUUCGGUCAUGAGGCAAUUGGGAUUGUGGAGAGUGUAGGAGAGGAUGUGACUGAAGUUACCAAAGGAGACAUAGUUGUUCCAAUUUUCUUGCCAGAUUGUGGAGAGUGUGUGGAUUGCAAAUCAGAAAAGAGCAACCUAUGUUCAAAAUUCCCAUUCAAAGUAUCUCCAUGGAUGCCAAGAUAUGAUAGUAGCAGAUUCACUGAUCUCAAUGGACACAUCAUACACCAUUUCCUUUUUGUUUCAAGUUUUACUGAGUACACUGUCGUUGACAUUGCCAAUCUAACCAAGAUUCAUCCCCUUGUUCCUCCAAACAAAGCAUGCCUCCUCAGUUGCGGCGUAUCGACCGGGGUAGGAGCUGCUUGGAAAGCAGCAAAAGUGGAACCAGGAUCCAGUGUAGCUAUUUUUGGACUAGGAAGCAUUGGAUUAGCAGUUGCUGAAGGAGCUAGACUUUGUGGAGCAACUAAGAUUAUAGGUGUAGAUGUCAACCCAGAUAAGUUUGAAAUUGGAAAAAAGUUUGGAGUCACUGACUUUAUUCAAGCUGGAGGAGACAAAUCUGUGAGCCAGGUUAUUAUAGAGAUGACUAGUGGAGGUGCAGACUAUUGCUUUGAAUGUGUUGGAAGGGCAUCAUUGGUCCUUGAAGCAUAUGCUUCUUGUAGGAAGGGUUGGGGGAAAACAGUUGUUUUAGGAGUGGACAAGCCAGGAUCUUGUUUGAGCCUGAGCUCUAGUGAAGUCCUUUGUGAUGGGAAGAGUCUCAUAGGAGCCUUGUUUGGAGGACUCAAACCCAAAUCUCAUGUCCCUAUUCUCCUUAAGCGCUACAUGGACAAGGAACUGAAUUUGGAUGAGUUUAUAACACAUGAAGUGGACUUUAAGGACAUCAAUAAAGCAUUCGAUUUGCUGCUUAAAGGGGAGUGUCUGCGAUGUGUGAUUUGGAUGGAUAAAUAAUUACUUCAUUCUUUUUUACGCACUUAUUAGCUUUCUUGCUUUCAUUUUCUGUUGAUAAGGAAAAAAUACAUAUCCAACUUUGUAACUUGUUCAAUAAUAAAAUAACCCAUGCAUUGAUAAA